AUGUCAAGUACGGCCAAAAGAUCACUUUCCAUGAGCAUGCUCGCUCGCAGAUUCACCCUGGGCAUGACAGUUAGCCAGACAUCUGGUGCUGGUGCCAUUUCUAUUGCAUUUGCCAAUCCAUCUUCUUCUCAAAUAUCUGUCCAAAGGAGAUUUGCCAGCGGCAUGACCACAUCUGGCGGUUCUUCAGCUUCUCGUGCAGCUGGUGCAAUGAAAAACACUCCAGAAAAGGCCCUCAAAGCCGCUAUUGAGUCUGAGUUAAAGUACGAGAAGGAAAUGACUGAAACGGACCCCAUUGAGGUACCUUCCGAGGUUAUAGAACAUUUCAAAGCUCACGGUUUGACCAUCUCGAAAGACAAUACCGGUGAUGCAUUGGUGGUUCUCUCUGGUGAGAAAAAUGGAACAAAGCUUUCCCUGGCCUUUGAUGUGCGCCAAGUUUAUCUCAACGAGCUUGGGGAUGACGACGAUCAAGAGACAAUGGAUAACGAGGAAAGUAACGAAGAAGAGCAAGAAGAUGACCAAGAAGGCGACGAAAUAGAGGCAGAUGAGGAUGCAGACAUGAUGGACGAGGGUUUAGAGCCCGUUGCAGCCAAGCUUGUUCUUACUAGGGGCAAUUCAUCGCUCUCCUUUGAAAUCAGUCUCUCUUCAGAAGGUGUCGAAGUUCACUCCAUGCAUACCGGCGCUCUGCCAUUGAAUGCAGAGCUCUAUACAUCCGAUGUAUUCACAGGCCCCAACUAUGUAGACCUUUCCACAGACCUGCAAGAAGCCGUUAGCGGCUAUUUGGAGACGUUUGGCAUCACAGGAGAGCUUGCGGAUGUGCUCAGAUCGUACAUGGAUGUCAAAGAACGCAAGGAAUAUGUCGCGUGGCUCUCCACGGUCCGUGACUUUUUCAAGUAG